UGUUUACGAUUGACGUUUUUCUUAAUAAACCAAGAAGAAGUAGGUUACUCGGAUAUUAAUGCUAAACGAAAGUAGAAACCGUGGGAUUUUAUCGCCAGGACCAGUAAAACGCAAUCAUUGAAAACUAGCCUAUCACAGAUGUCAAGGAGCCAAAAUGGUGGACUCUUGUGGAUUGGUAACUGUCAAGAAUGAACCAGUGCCUCUGAAGAGUAUUGCUGUGGAGGUGAGUGUGCAGGGGCAUGUGGCCACUGUGAGCUCCACUCUGCAGUAUGAGAACCAGGAGAAAAGCCCUCUGGAGGCCAUCUUUGUUUUCCCUCUACCAGGAGAGGCUGCUGUCUGCAGGUUCAGCGCCAAGAUAGGACAGACUGAGGUGGUGGCUGAGGUUCAGGAGAAACAGAAGGCGCAGGAGCAGUAUGAUGAUGCAUUGAGCUCGGGACAGCAAGCCUUCCUAUUGGAGGAGAGUGAUGAGAGCCCGGACGUGUUCAAGCUGAGUGUGGGUAGUCUGCCUCCAGGAGAGAAGGCCUCUGUCAGCCUGGACUAUGUGACAGAGCUGGCUGUACAGGCUGACGACAGCCUGAGGCUCUGCCUGCCUGCCGUGCUCAACCCCCGCUACCAACCCCAGGGGUCAGACAGUGGUAGUGAUGGCAGUGCCCAGGUGUCCUCAGUGCCCGCUGGUUCUGUGCCCUACAGUCUGUCCCUCAGUGCCCGCGUGUCGUCCCCUCAUCCCAUCUCUAGAGUAGAGUCCAACUGUCCCCUGGACCCACUCAACUACCUCAACACAGAGAAAACCCAAGCCACGGUCAGUCUGGCUGCAGGUCAUCAGUUUGACCGGGACGUUGAGCUGUUGUUGUAUUACCAAGACACCCAUCAGCCUACUGCUAUAGUAGAGGCAGGACAGGCUUCUGCCAAGCCAGGCUCUCUGAUGGGUGACCCAGUGGUCAUGCUGAGCCUGUACCCAGAGUUCCCCAAGGAUGUGAUGUCAUCGCUGACCUCACACGGGGAGUUCCUAUUCGUGGUGGAUCGCUCUGGCAGCAUGGGAUGCCCCAUGCACAAUGGGUCUGGGGCACAGGACCGUAUUGGCAGUGCCAGGGAUACUCUGCUGCUCUUGCUGAAAAGCCUGCCAAUGGGUUGCUACUUCAACGUCAUCGGCUUUGGGUCCAGUUAUAAGUCCUUCUUUCCUAAGAGUGUGGAGUACAGCCAGAAGACUAUGGAUGAGGCUCUACAGAAGGUGAAGGGAAUGAGUGCUGACAUGGGAGGUACAGAGAUCCUCCAGCCUUUAAAACAUAUCUACAGCCAGCCCUGCCUCCCCGACCAGCCCAGACAGCUCUUCUUGUUCACUGAUGGUGAGGUGAGAAACACCAAGGAAGUCCUGGAUCUGGUGAAGACGAAUGCUGGUUCUCACAGGUGCUUCUCCUUUGGGAUUGGGGAGGGGGCCAGCACUGCUCUCAUCUCUGGGGUGGCCAAACAGGCCGGAGGGCAUGCACAGUUUAUCACAGGACAGGACAGGAUGCAGCCCAAAGUGAUGCAGUCCCUCCGGUUUGCCCUGCAGCCUGCUGUGGUGGACAUCUCAGUCAAGUGGAAUGUCCCAAAGGAGGUGUCUGUCACCCCUCUAUCUCCACCAAUCAGAGUGCUCUUCCAGGGUCAAAGGGCACUUCUGUAUGCCCAGCUCACUGGGGAGAGCUCAGGGGACACAGAGGGCUCGGUGACAGUGAAGUACAGCCUGGCUGAGCAGCCUGUUGAGAAUCAGCUGAGCUUCAGUCUCAAACCUGCAGAGGACACUGGACUGACCGUCCACAGGCUGGGGGCUCGAACCCUGAUCCGAUCCCUGGAGGUGGAAGAGAGGGAGCAGGAUGGGGAGAAGGAGGGAGUGAAAGAGAAGGUGGUAGAGCUCAGCGUCCAAUCAGGAGUGAGCAGUGCCUUUACUGCCUUCAUCGCUGUCCACAAAGGAGAUGGAGAGGCCCUGCAAGGACAGCUGCUACGCAGACAAGUCCCCACGCCGAAGUUGUAUCACUGCCCCAUACCCUUGAUGAUGGCGUGUAGUAUGGCUCCUUCCAGCCCCAGGCACAUAAUGAUGGGAUGUGGAAAGGCUCGGUCCAGCCCCGUGCUAAAAAUGAGAAGGGCUCUCUCCAGCCCCAAGCCCAUAAUGAUGGGAUGUGGAAAGGCUCGGUCCAGCCCCGAGCACAUCAUUUUGGGGAGUGCCAUUAAAAUGAAUUGGUUAAAGGAUGUCCAAGCUGAUAUGUAUACCCCAGGCGAAGGGUUAACGUUCAGCAAAAAGAGUAAGCUUGAAGACUUUGACUCUCCAGCCCCAACCUCUAAGCCUGUGAGGGACCCUCUCCUCCAGCUGAUCUCCCUUCAGAAGGCCUCUGGUUCCUGGGUUCUGGAGGCAGCGUUGGCUGAGGUGCUGGGGAAGACUGAGGAGGAGGUGGCCAAGCCAAAGCCUGCACAGGUGGACCAUGAGGUGUGGGCCACGGUUCUAGCCCUGGUAUGGCUCUAUGGUUUCAAGAUGGAGGCUCAGGAGGAAUGGCAGUUUCUGGCCAUGAAGGCAGCAUCAUGGAUCCAGGCUCAGAAAGUGGCCAGUGUGUCCGAGUGUGUCCAGGCUGGAAAUAACCUUCUGGGUUGCCAGGUGCAGAAAGACCCCCUGGGGCUCUGAGAGGUUCACCCUGCCUGUCCUCUCUCUGUGCCCCAUGCGCCUGCUACUCUACCUGGGGUCAGAUACACACGCUUCCCUGCCUGCUUUUAGUCACCUGCUUCAAGCAACCUGUGGAGCUAGCAACUGUACCGGUCUGAACAAGCCUAAUUAUCAACCUCUUACCUAUAAUAGUCUACUGUAAUUUACUGUUAGCACACUUAUGUAUCUCAUUGUCAAAUCAAAUCCAAUUUUAUUUGUCACAUGCACCGAAUACAACAGGUGUAGACCUUACAGUGAAAUGCUUACUAA